CGAACAAUAGCCCUUUUACCAAUGUUUAUUGCGGCAUUUACUAACGGGGUAAUCUCAGCCAGUUACACCUCUAGUGGCCAGCUUGUAGGACAGAGCUGGGAUGACCGGGUACCUCUUGGUUCGGGACGGAAUUGUCCGUACCUUGGGUCCUACACUGUGGUGAGACUUACUGUAGUAAACGUGACGUUGCUACCUGUAGUGGUGAAUUGAAACUGAUAAAGUGACUUUUGGAAUCAAGUACAGGAUUAGUAGUAAUUGACGUACACAUGUGUUGAAGGAAUACAAAAGUCAGAGUGAACGCGACCUACUGUAUUGCGAGAUCAAUGGUCACUAAAGCUGAUCCGUUUCGUUUUCUGCUGAAUGUGAAACAAAUCCAACAAGAAAUGGGUUAUGACAGAAAAUAUGUGCUGACGUCAAGCUGUGGCAUCUGUCUGGAUUUAUUCUUGCUCUGUAGUGGUCGAUUGGGUGUGUCAUCAAGCGAUUGACACAUGUUGAGGAAUACUUGAUGAGCAGAUCGUAUUAUGCACAUUAUCACUUUCAUUGUGUGAAGUACCUCUCUGUGUUGUCGGGGUGGAAUAUCUACUGACGUGGUAUGGAUGUUAGGUGAUCCAAGACUUCUAUGAGAUCAUAAUGGUACACAUGGCAUAAAUGAUCGAUUUAGUAUUACAUAAAGUAUCCAAGUUAAAGGUUUUGGAGCUUUUGUGUGUAGUGAGCAAAGUGAAGCAAGAAAUGUGGUACGAAAUAUGUGAAAUAAACGCUACUAUUAUUGUUUCCUCGUUCCAGUAAAAACAUUGGAAGUUCGGUGAACUUAAUUUCAGAUAGGUUUCGAUGAUACUGAUCCGAUGUGAGGUUGACAUUUUGUUUGAUAACAUGUUUUCGCGAAUGUUGCUAAUUUUAACAGUAACAGUCGGACCACACUAACUUUGACUGUGGAGAAGGUGUCGUCUGCUCGAGUGUAGGACAUCUUUGCUAGCAGAUGGCGUCUAUCUACAGGAGACGUAACAGUACUGGCUUCUGUCUGUUGUCUGCGAGACUGGCAGUCGUAGAUAAAGGCUCAUUCUCUAAAAGGACAAUGGACAGUGCUUCGCCAAACGCUCUCGACUUCCCUGACGACGCCAUAGACAAGGUUGCCAGGGCAAAUUCCGUCAGGCUUGAUUCGAAUGGCAUUCUACCGGAAGUGCGUGCGUCACCAUGCCCUAUGCAUAGUAAAUAUGACAAGAAAUCUGAUCUUAUGUACAUGUCAAGUCACAAUGGAGGAUCACCACACCAUCAUGUAAAAAAGAACGGGAAAGUGCGAAAAAUGGUUUCUAGUUCCUCACAUGAGAAUGCGCUCAGUGCUAAUAGGGACACUAAUGAGGAUUUGGCGGUAGUUGGUCGAAUGCCAAGUAAAAAUUCGCUUCCAGGAAAUAUGCCUUCCAAAGAAUUCGUGAUGACGUGGCUUAUGUAUGGAUCGGAGCCCGGAAGUGGAAAUCACUUUCCAGAACUUGUUAAAAAUGAAAGUGACAAGAAAUCUCGGGGCAAAACAGUAAUCAGAAAGGGAACGACGAAAGACCUCUCGUUUGGUGAAUGAUUUGGUGUCAUAUUUAUAUGAAGAUGAAACUGUUUACACGUUCUGACGGGGAUGUACAGUCAUUGUUAUAACUGUGGAGCAACUUAUAAAAAUGUUCCCGUUCCACGAGCAUUGUCAAUGUACAAAGCGUAAAUGGACUAAUGUAGAACCUAGUUUAUGCCCUAAAGUUCCUGUGUGGUUUACGGACAUAGAUGAGUAUCGAUUCAGAUUGUGAUUUAGAUUAUUGCUCGCAUCAUACCUGUCGUAUAUUUCCCUAAUUGGACGAAUCAAUGUAGCGUACAACAAAACAAAGAACUCGUGUAAUUCUUGGUAAUCCUGUGGACCUUACUGUCCAACCACUUGCAGGUCAUUCAUGUUAGUUCCUUUUGUCCAUUUUGUCCAGCCACUGGCAUAUUAUUGGUGGGAAGUAUGUACUGGACAUAUUGUCCAGCAAAGGGAUUACAAUAACUGGAAGUUCUAAAAGUUGUUCAAAAACAGAUGAAGCGCGUCUCUCGGAGGUGAAAUCCUAGUUUGUAUCCAUGUUUGUCUACGUAUGGACAUACCUACAUACCUACUUAAUCGAAUGUAACGAACAAUCCGUAAAGCAAUGUGCUGUAACAAUAAUGACAAUGGCAUUUUUCAUUACAACACGUGAAAUAGUAAUACAUUAUAUUUUGAUAUACAAGCAAAUGCUAGUAUCUUGUCGGUACGAGAGGAAACUACAUAUUUUCUAACGUAUCCAUUCCACUUGACAAUACUUUGGAUAGGGUAUGCCUAGUCGUUUAUAACUCGGUUACCAUAAGAGGGUCGCUUGAUAGAAUUAGUCCACCGCAUGACAUGUCGUUAAUCUAUGCUAGAGUACCACAAAGGAUAAAAAUAACAGGUCAACCUGUCGGAGCUCUAGGAUAUAGGAAAACCUAUUUGAAAUAGUUUGCGAAUAAAAAGAUUAGUUGAUG